AUGGCAUCUUCGAAUGAAACUCAGUCGAGUUUCCCCUCGCCAGAAAUCACACCACCAAGCUCGAUAACGAGAAAAGGCUUCAAAAUAACCACCAGGAAAUUGCCAAUUCUUAGAGCUGGCCCAAUUGAUGAGAUGACAAAGAAGUUGGGUAUUGCGCCGCCUGAGAUGAUAUUUGGAGAUAAUCUGGUGUCAAUCGAGCAUGUACCGUCAGGGUGGGGUAUCACUUUCAAUGCCUUUGAUGCACUGGACCGCGUGGAUAAAACAGGGGCCUCUAUGCUCAAAGUAUCAUACUCAGGCGAGUGGCAGAAAAGCAGAGAAUCAGCGCAUGAGGGUAUAAAGGAGGUGGUUAAGCCCUUUGACUGGUCAUAUACCACAGAUUAUAAGGGAACAGUUAAACCUAACGGUUAUGAAUUUGAACAAACAUCAACUCCUCUUCCAAUAGAGAGACUGAAACAGCCAGACCCGAUUCUGUUCUACGACGAGAUUAUGCUCUAUGAGGAUGAGCUAGCAGACAACGGAAUCACUAUGUUAUCAUGCAAAAUUCGAGUCAUGCCAACAUGCCUACUUUUACUUACUAGAAUGUUUAUGCGGUUAGAUAAUGUUCUUUUCCGGCUGCGGGAUACCCGUGUCUUCGUUGAUUUUGACACAGGCGAGGUAAUGCGAGAGUAUCUUGCAAAGGAGGAUUUAUACGAUAAAGUCAAAGAGAUGAUCGGAGGCUCACGCAAAGAUGUUCCGGCUAUGAUGAGGGAUCCAAACGAUAUCGCACAGGUAUUGCCAGUCGUGGAGAGCAGUUUAGAGCGUGUAGCUCUACCUCCCCAAACAACUUAA